CGGCGGGGGGAACCGCGCUGCCGCUGCCGUUGUUUCCAGCGGAGCCGGACGGGGAACGCACAGGGACUGAGCUGGAGCAUGGCGGCGUGCUGGGCCGCCCGCUGCCUGCGGGGCGGGCGGGAAGGGCGCCGCUUCAACUCUGUACUCUCUGCUUCUCGACUGACGUCAGAUGAAGUUACUCGGAUGCGUAAUGAACUCUUUACCAAAGAGAAGGAGAGGCAGUUAUCUCUUUAUCCACGAAUUGAGAAAAUCGAAGUGAAAUACACUGGAAAAUCUCACCCUGGCAGCGUGUUUGUAAUGAACAAAGCUUUCUCUACACCGUACAAUUGUGCCAUGCAUUUAAGCGAAUGGCAUUGCAAGAAAUCUGUUCUAGCUCUUGUGGAUGGUGAAGUCUGGGAUAUGUACAGACCCUUGACCAAGUCUUGCGAAAUUCAGUUCCUCACCUUCAAAGAUGAAGAUCCAGAGGAAGUAAAUAAGGCUUAUUGGCGUUCCUGUGCCAUGAUCAUGGCAAGUGUGUUAAUGCGGGCGUUCAAAGAGGAGUACUCUGUGAAUCUGGUUAAAGCUCCAGAAGUGCCAGUGAUCUCUGGAGCUUUCUGUUACGAUGUAAUUUUGGACAAUAGACUGAAUGACUGGAAACCAACAAAAGACAAUUUCCGUUCCCUUACAAGAGAUGCCAGUAAGCUAAUUAAUAAAGACCUGCCAUUUGAAACACUGCACGUUGAAGCAAAAGUAGCGCGUGAAAUGUUUCAGAAUAACAAGUAUAAAAUGGAGAUAAUAGACCAGAAAGCUUCUCAGAACAAGGAAGGAAUUGUAGUACUACAUAGGGUUGGUGACUUUGUCGAUGUUAGUGAAGGACCUCACAUUCCAAGGACAAGUUUCUGUUUCCAGUAUGAGAUAACAGCAGCUCACAAUCUUCAGACUAGUCAAUCUGAAUUGAUAAGGAGGUUCCAGGGUGUGUCCCUGCCAAUCCAUUUGAGGGCUCAUCACACUGUGUGGCACAAACUGCUGGAAAGAUCAAAGAGACUGGUCACUGAGGAAAAAAGUGUGAAAGCAGCAGCAGAAAGUCAUGAGGCAAAAGAUGAAACUGAAGAAGGAAAACCUCUAUCAAUGUAACUUAACCUCUUAAUGUACAUAAUAAAAUAGUGUGGAUUUUAUAUA